AUGGCGUUAAAGCUGAUCACAAAGCAACUACAGGAUCUAUACCGGGACAUUCCAGACGAGUGCGGUCUAUCGGCCGGUCCACUGGAGGAUGAUAUGUUACACUGUCAAGCUGUCAUACCAGGCCCGGAAAACAGUCCAUAUUUCGGAGGCCUCUUUUGUUUAGAAAUUACAUUUACAACAGACUAUCCCUUCAGACCACCUAAGAUUAAGUUCGGCACCAAGAUAUUUCACCCAAAUGUGGAAAAAGAUGGCAAGAUUUGUAUGGACUUUUUACAAUCGGAAUGGAAGCCUUCGUUUUCAAUAGCGUACAUUCUGAUGGCCAUUUCGUCCCUGAUGCACACCCCUAACACCGAUAACCCGGCUAACCCUGACAUAGCCAACAUGUACAUCAAUAACCAAGAGGAUUUCGUGAAAACAGCGAUGGAAUGGACGAGUGCACAUGCGAUUAGAACUUCACAGGUUUACCAAGGUGACCAAGUACCUACUGCAAGCGGACAAGCUAAGGAAGACACUGUUUAA